CUGCUGUGGUUUGGGAGAAGCUUCAGGAGGCAGAGAGAGGGGCAGAGUGUGAUCAGAUUUCACUCCAAGCCGCGCUCCUCCUCACACACACACUCUGCCUUUUACUCUCAAAUCCGGCUCUGAAGACGCUUUUCAGCACAUUGAUCCCCAGGGAGCAGAGAGCCGCGGCUCCUGUCUGUGACCUGUGGCUGCAUGACGCUCUCUGCCGGAGCGCCUAGCAGACAGCAGAAGGUCAGCUGCUGUGAUUAUCCCGCCGCUUCCUGCUGGAAGGGCCGCUGCUCUGUUUCAUCCUCAGAGGAUCAUCGGCCGGCCGCUUCACGGAGAUCCGGGAAUACCCUUCAGCUCCUGGGAUGGGUCUGGGAUAAGUCAGCUCUCUUCUGGAAAGGAAUGCUUCCGAUCAGUGACAGCAAACAUGAACUGGAGAGUGUGGUCGAAACUCUGCUGUGGCCCAAGAUGGAUUGUUCUCUUCUCUCCUCUUCUCCUCCUCGUCCUCAUGAUCUUCGUGAUGGCGGUCACUUUGCCCCUCCCUGUGCCGUCUGCUGAUGUCAACCGGCGGCCAUCCAAAGCUCUGAGUGCAGUGGGGAAGUUGAAACCCAGGGCAGUGGAGCACGCAGCCCUCAGCGGCUUCCAGCACCCUGCUCCUCACAUCCACAGCAAGACCUGGAGAAGUAGCUCUAGAAAGGAGAUGUCCACACACUCAGCACAACUAAAGCCUGUAGAGAACUCUGCAGGAGCUGUUAAAGUUAGGAGUCGUCCUGACGUUCAUAACAAGAAGCAAAGCAGCCAAGACAUGGCGGAUGUAUUCGCCCACUCUCAGCGUUCCGACUUUACAGGCAACAACAUGGAGCUCCAGCGCAGAACUAAGCCGAGCAGACACACUGCUGUGGUGAAGCACACUCUGCACACACACACUCAUCUCAAAGGAAAUGUUUCCUCAGCAGACCACAAAUCUUCCACAGCAGACACCAAGAAAAGCGUCCAAAAAGCUGCUCACAGACACACACAUCAAGUCGCAGUCAGCCAGACGACUGACAGCCAGACCAGGGAGAAGCAAAACCAACGUCACAGAGCUUUGGAAAGACACAGAAAAGCUCCAAAGCACUCUGGGAAACCUGCCAGUGUGGGUAAGGAGGAAACGCCCUCUAGUGAUCUGAGAGAGGAUCGUCAUUUGUCACUGGGUGACAGAGAGGAAAUCGAAGCCACCGCUCAGCAGGGUGACAGGGACUGGUGUCAGGGCCUCACAGAGUUGGACUUUUCAGACGCUGACCAAAGGAAGAUCAGGGUGGGUGGAGACCUGCAGCAUGUGCACUGGCUCAGCAGGGACGACAUAGAGAAGAUGGAGCUCCUGGCUGGUGGGGAAGUUGUCAGUAAGACCAGGGUGCCAGCUCAUGGACAAGUCCUCCAAGUGGCACUAGAACUGCCUGCACGUCACCAGAACAUCCCAGCGCUGAGGGAUUCACAGCAGCAUGGAACCGGGCACAGCGGCCGCUGCCAGCGGGGGCUGUGCUCCCUGGUCAAGCGCCCUGACGACUGGUUUGAGGUGUUUGCUUUCCACCUGGACAGAGUCCUGGGACUCAACCGAAGUCUGCCGGCAGUUCUCAGAACUUUCCGCGAUCACAUUCUGCCCUACAGAUUCACUGAUGGUGAGCCGAGGCCGGCGGUUUGGUGGGACCCAGACAUUCAGCAUCUGGAUGAUAAGGACAGCGACCAGAACUCAGUGCCUCUCAGCUGGGUCCAGUACCAGAAGCUGCUGCGAGCCCAGUGUGGGAACCAAACAGGCCUGAGCUCAGAGCCAUGUGUGGGGGUUCUGCAUGCCGAGUGGGGAAGACUGGCUCUGUUUGACUUCUUAUUACAGGUAAACGACCGUCUGGACAGGAACUGCUGUGGGUUUACACCCGAUCCAGCAGAACUGUGUGUGGAGAACCGUCUGAACAUCAAGUGUGGCAACAGCAAGGAGCUGCAGCUGGUUCACAUCCUGGUGAGGAAGACGGAUCCUUCCAGACUCGUGUUCAUAGAUAAUGCUGGUAGACCAAAGCAAUCCAGCAGCAACCUCAACUUCAGGCUGCUUGAGGGGAUUGAUGAGUUUCCAGAGAAAGCCGUGUCGGUGCUCCGCUCUGGCUGCCUGGAACAUCUGCUGCUGCGCUCCCUCUACUCAGACAAGGAGUUCUGGGAAAGUCGUGGCGGGUACACGGCUCUCAGGCCUCUGGUCCGGCUGGUGGAGGAGAGGGGGCACUACAUCCUCCAGCACAUCAGAGACAAGAGGAUACGUCUCAGGAGGGACCUGUGACUCGGCUGGACCGAGCAAACUGGAAUAGGAAGUUGAACUCAUGUCUGUGAAUAUGACAGCAUUUUCUCAAUGUGACCAAAGGUUGACGACUGUGGAGAAAAACAGACCAAAUUCAGUUUGGCUUUAAGUCAGUUUAUUUAACUAGCACCAAUAUAAACACAUCAUUUCACAAAAAAAGUCGACUAAAUUCAAUUAUGCGUUUCAUUUCAUCCUAAUUAUCAAACAGUGCAGUCCAAUUCAGUUUUAUUAUUCAAAUUCGUCCAAAAGGUUUUCAAUCUAAAGAAAUCCAGUGGAUUGCUUCGAGUCACUCACUUUGCUUCCAAUUGUCAGAAAAACCACAAUUUAGCCAUUACUGUGUUUCCAUUAAAUAAAAACUCAGUUAAAAUCACACAUGAAUAAUUUUGUUCAUGUGAUAAAUCAUUAACAAACAUGUAGCGUCUUCUUCGUUGAGCCAGUGGCAAAAUCCGGUUGUUGAUCAUGUGACUCGUGUGAUGCAAAAAAAGUGUUUCAAUUGCAGUUUUGCCAGUUAAGCCAAUUCUGAUACGACCAAAAAGAACAAACGGCUCAUCCUAGCAUCAAAACUUCCAAAAGACAAGAGUUUUUUCAAAAUCAGUGUGUUUCUAUUUAUCAGAUUUAUUUCAAAUUGUCAAAUUGCACAAUUUUAUGGUUAGUAGAUAGAAAUACAGCUAUAUUUCCAUUUAACAUUUGGAAAAUAAUUUCACUUGGUGGAAACAUGCCAAUUUUGGAAAAAAAAAACAUGUUUGAUAAAAACCUUUUGUAUUGAAAUUAUUGUGUUUUGCAAAACUGCAUGAGAAACAGUUUUUCCACAUCACACAUGUCACAGCCAGAUCCAGAUGUUGCCACUGGUGCAAACCAUGAAGGAGACAACAACAGGAAGACGCUGGCUGCAUGUUUUUAAUGACGUAUCGUGUCAACAAACAUAUUUACGUGUGAUUUCAUUUACGUUACUUAUUCAAUAAAAACAUUGCAAUUUCAAAAUUACGGGGGGGGAGGGGGUUAUAUCAGACACAGACAGAAUCUGCAGACACAAUAAGAAAGAAACAGAUGAGUUGAUCCAGGUGUGUUUUUCAUGUUUAAGAAAAGUAAAAAGGCAAUGACAAUAGUAGCUCCUUUAGUGGCUUCAUCAAGGAGAGGAAAGCAUUUUACAGAUAAGCUCUUAAAGCCUUUAGAGGCCAUGUGACAAAAGCUCUCUCCGAGAGAGACAGGCUUUAACAACAAUAACAGAGUUUGUUUAGGCAGUAGCUCCUUUGGUAGCUUUUUUUGUAGAAGACAGACAAGGUCAACCUCUGAAAGGCAGGGUCAAGAGCAACAUCUAUAGGAGAAGGUGAAGUUAUUGGCAGUAGCUCAGCCGAUGUGGCACAGCUAAGCAGAUCAGACCAGAUGUAGCUUCUACAAAAAGAGAACAUAAAGUUGAAAUAACAGUAAAAAUUAACAAGGACCCAUUACAUCCUGUUUAAAGAUAUCACCGUAUCACCGCAUGUAUUUAUCUAUUUAUUGUGUUGUGCUAGAGGCAGUCCGUCUGGCUUGGAUGCCUGUUUUUAUGAGAUAAGCUUUUAAUCAAAGGAUUAAAAAUGGCUGUCAGAAAAUUGCUUCUGGACCAAAUCCCAGCAGCUUUGGGAUGAAGAUGGACCCAAAUGUGAACAUUUUUUAUUUUUUAUUUUUUUACAUUUUCUUUUUUUCUGCUUUGUGUCAAAAUGCACAGCAGUGCACAAAGCCAUAAUUGAAAAAUAAUAAACAAAUAAAUAAAUAAGCGACUGGCUAAAAAUGGAGUUGUGUAAGAGAGUGAAUGAAGCAGAGGCAUUUUUGUCAUAAUUACACUUUUCUAAAGAUGAACUGUCACACUGCUUUUUAAAAAAAUAUUAGGCGCUAGUGAAAAGUCCAGAUUUAUUUUAUUUUUUUAACUCAGAUUAAAAGUUUAUUCUCCAGUUUAUGGCUUAGUGAUAUUUUCUGUGUCU